CGAGAAGGUGGUAGUAACGUAUACAUUCACGGAAACCAUCCACCGCGGAGCAGCCUUCAUUUAAGUGGACCAGGCGGUAUAGGGAAGUGAUUUCUUAUUUUUUCUGUAGUUUGUAGUCCUAUGGAAACGGCCAUAAUCGAGACGAUGCCGUGCCAUAACCAGCAGCUUAAUAAUAACAGUGAGAGCCCUGAACACGCCGCCAAGCACGUCCGCUUUGCCCAGAGCAGCGCUGCCGCUGCGGAGACCUGUCAAAACGACGCCGAACAGCCUGAAUACCAAACCACAAGCGAAAUCCAUCAACAAAUAGGACCUCAGCUGAAGCUGUUGCCAUUAAACGACCAAAUACGAGAACUUCAGACUAUCAUUCGGGACAAAACUACCAGUAGAGGUGAUUUUGUGUUCUGUGCUGACAGAUUGAUCAGAUUAGUUGUGGAAGAAGGCCUCAAUCAGCUUCCAUACAGUGAAUGUACUGUAACCACGCCAACAGGACAUAAAUAUGAGGGUGUGAAGUUCGAGAAGGGGAACUGUGGGGUCAGCAUCAUGAGGAGUGGUGAGGCUAUGGAGCAAGGGCUGAGAGAUUGCUGCAGAUCAAUCCGUAUUGGGAAGAUCCUGAUCCAGAGCGACGAAGAGACACAAAAAGCCAAAGUGUACUAUGCAAAAUUUCCUCCUGACAUCAGCAGGAGGAAGGUUCUACUCAUGUACCCUAUACUCAGUACAGGCAACACUGUGAUAGAAGCGGUGCGGGUGCUGACUGAACAUGGCCUGCAGGCCAAACAUAUCAUACUACUGAGUCUGUUCUCUACUCCACACGGUGCACGGUCCAUUGUUCAGGAGUUUCCUGACAUCACUAUACUGACAACUGAAGUUCAUGCUGUUGCUCCAACACACUUCGGCCAGAGAUAUUUCGGCACAGACUGACAGCCCACCAACUCCACACAAUAUGACUCCACCUCCCCCUCCUCAUUCAUUUGUUUUAAAAUACUUGACCAGCUCAAAUCAAGUGUACAUGUGUGAUUUGUUCUCUGUAUUUUAAGUGCAUAUGUAUUUAUCCAUGUUUAAUGGAUGGAUCAAAGUGAUCUUCUAAAAUCAUGCUUCUCCAUGAUACCACUGGGAUGAAAACACACCAUUUCUGAACAUUCUGGAGUGAUGAUAAAUAAAUCAAAUAUUUUCUAUUAUA